UGCAGCCCCACCCCUCUGACGCCACUUCCUGCAGGGAGUCUCCGGUAAACCGGACCAUGGUGGUGCUGCGGGGCGAUGCGGGGUCGGAGGAGCCUUACCCGAGGAUCGAGGACUGCCUGCCCCCCCUGGAGGACUCCCCCGUCCAAGAGGUUCUCCCCUCCAAGAGGAAGCAGUACUACAUCAACAAGGCCAUCCGCAACUCCGACCUCAUCCCCAGGGCCAAGGGCCGCAAGAGCUUGCAGAGGCUGGAGAACACUCGUUUCCUGAUGACGCUUCUGGAGCGAGAUGAAUGUGGGAGCGAUGAGGGUGAGCUCGCCCCCUCUGCCCCCCCGAGCAUCUUCACUGAGGCCUGUAACAACGAGACCUACGUGGAGAUCUGGAACGACUUCAUGAACCGGUCAGGAGAAGAGCAGGAGCGAGUUCUGCUCUACCUGGAGGAGGAGGCUGGGAGGAAGCACAGGAGGAAGCUGCCGGGCAAGAGCAGGGACAAGUGGAAAGCUGCAGAGCACCCCACAGACACCCCCCAGGAGUGUUUCCAGCGCAUCAGCCGCCGCCUCCGUGCUACCCUGAAGCGGGGCCGGAUCCCCAUGGGGACACUGGAGGGUCUGGAGGAGGAGCUCCUGGCUUUCUUCUCUGUCACCCCUCGCUCCGUCUACACCGCGCUGAUGGACAACAGCUUUGAGCGGCUCCUGCUCCACGCGCUCUGCCAGUACAUGGACCUCAUCUCUGCCAGUUCCAACAUCGAAGGGAAACGUCAAAUGAAAGUGAGCAACAAACACCACGUCUUCCUGCCCCCCGAGCUCCUGCUCUCAGACUACCUGGAGCAGAUGAGCUGAUGCCCCAAGAUCCUGCCUGCUCCUUACUUCCUCCACCUGCCCCCAGCCCCUCGCAGCCUCCCUGGGGGGCUCAUCCUUUUCGCCCCCCCUCCAGGAGCAGGUGUUGGGGUGCAAUGCUGUGACUCAGGGGUGAAGCAGGUGCCCAUCUGCUGCUUGCCCUGUCCCUGGGGUUCAGCUCUGUGUCCCGGCUGGAGCUGCUCUCCCUGGAACUGUUUGUGUGUCUAUUUAUAACCCGGGUGCUUUUAAAAAUAAUCGGGCUGGGCCAAACCCACCGACGCUCCUGGGGUGAUUUCAGUCCAGAUUUUUCUGCGGUGAAACAGCUCCUGGCAGCUGCUGAGCAAACGCUGAAGCAGCGGAAGAGCCCCAGGGCUGGCGCGUUCCCAGGCUGCGUCCGGCUCUGCGCCCACCCUGGGGUGAUGCGUGGGGGUCUCGGCCCCUUCGGGCAGGGUGCAGGCUCCUGGGUGCUCUCACCUGCCAGCAUUUUGGCUACACCCCGUUCCCUGCAACACUGCCUGCACCGCGUGAGGUGUUUUUAAAUGUAACAUAGCCUGUGUUUUUUAAAGUGUGUGUAAAUAUGUUGUGUGUGUGUGUGUGUGUGUGUGUGCUGGACCCUGCGGCUGCCGGGGGGGCAGUUUAAGGGGCUCCCUGUGUCCCCAGCACACGUCAAGGGCUGCAUGCAGGGGGUCGCUGGGGAGCUGUGUCUCAGCCUGCUGCAGCUGCACCCCCUGCUCCUGGGAAGGUCUUUGCGGGGUUGCGUGAAGACACCAACUGCCACCAAGGGAGGGGACCCCCAGGGGCAGGGGGACCCCUCCUCGUGCCUCCUGUGCUUGUCUUGAUAGAACAAUAAAGCACGGUGCUCCC